AAUCAACUACUAAUGAAUCAAUUGACACACACAAGAAAUAUAUUUUGUGUUAUAUAAUUGAUUUUUAUAAAUUCCUAUUCAUUUUAUUUUAUCAAUAAAUAGGCAGAUAUAAGCAAGCAAUUGUGUUUGCUUUAUAACAUCUUUCAAUUUCCAUCCUUGAAAUAUUUUCAUUUAUUUUCACUGAUUAUUCUUUCUUUGGAAUUUUUGUUAUUGAGAAAGUUUUUUUUCAAUAAGAUAACUCAUAUUUCGAUUGAAGUAAAAUGGAUGGAAUUAAAAAGAAAAUGAUUGCCAUGAAGUUGGAGAAGGAGAAUGCUAUGGAAAGAGCUGUACAAUAUGAAGAGUUGCUUAAAAAGAAAGAAGAAGAACGUGAACGACGUGAAACUGAAAUCGGCGAGUUGAAUACAAAAAUGAAACAAGCACAAAUUGAUUGUGAUGAAAUACAAGAGACUUUACAAGAACAAAUGAAUAAACUUGAAGAGACUGAUAAACGAGCGACAAAUGCUGAAGCUGAAGUGGCCGCAAUGACUCGCAGAAUUCGUCUUCUGGAAGAAGAUCUUGAGGUUUCAUCCAGUCGACUUACUGAAACCCUGGCUAAGUUGGAAGAGGCAAGCAAAACUGCCGAAGAAAGUGAACGUGGACGAAAAGAUCUUGAAAUCCGUUCGAUUGCGGAUGACGAACGACUUAGUCAAUUGGAAGACCAGCAAAAGGAAGCUAAGUACAUUGCAGAGGAUGCAGAUCGUAAAUACGAUGAGGCUGCACGUAAAUUGGCUAUUGCUGAAGUCGAUUUCGAACGUGCUGAAGCUCGUCUUGAAGCUGCAGAAAGCAAAAUAGUAGAAUUGGAAGAAGAACUACGCGUUGUUGGUAAUAAUAUGAAAGCUCUUGAAAUCUCUGAACAAGAGUCAGCUCAACGUGAAGAAAGCUAUGAAGAGACAAUCCGAGAUUUAACAGAACGAUUGAAGGCUGCUGAACAACGAGCUGCUGAAGCUGAACGUCAAGUGUCUAAAUUACAAAAUGAGGUUGAUCAUUUGGAAGAUGAUCUGUUGGCUGAGAAAGAAAGAUACAAAGCUCUCAGUGGUGAACUGGAUCAAACCUUUGCUGAACUCACUGGCUACUAAUAUCAGACAUCAGGAUAUUCGUUAUUUUUAUCUGCACAGAGACCAUAAAGAUACUACUAUCCCGUUCAAACUAACUUUAUUAACAAUAUGUUUCUUUGAACCCGUGCUCUAGAGAGUGCUAAAUAAUAUGUUAUUCAUUCUAAGGCAUUUCACCUCUUUCAAAUAUGCUUAUGCUGUUUCCUAAUAUUUCCCCUUUUCCUUACACCUAGGCGUUUAUAGCAGCCUAACUGAACAAUUCUAUAAUUUAAAGAAUUAAUAAAAUUCUUUUAUC